AUGACAGCCAGUGAUUGCAGUACAAUUGAUCUCACCAAAUCGAGCUUGCGGCUCACUGGUAAUAAAGAAGAGGAGACGUGGCGGGAAAAAUCUAAAAUUUUAUUAAAACAGAUAAGAUACUUGUUCCGUGAGAUCACAGUGGAACCAUGCCUGUUUGUUUACAUGCUGUGUACGGCAUUGUCGUCUCUCGCCGUACAGAACAUGCACUUGGAAAAAUCGUGCCGCGUCAAUUGCGCGUUCAGUGAGGAGGUAUGUGAUCGUAUAAGAGAUCGAAAUACAACUGGCCUGACGUUUGAACAAACUCAGGUACAGUCGUUGGUGGCUAAGGUAGUCGCAUGGAAGUUUCCCCUACAGACAGGAAUACCGGCUGUGAUGGUGCUGUUUAUUGGCGCGUGGAGUGACAAGACUAAGAAACGGAAAAUAUGUAUACUACUUCCAAUUUUUGGUGAAAUUAUCACGAACAUUGGUCUUUUAUUAGCUACAUACUACUUUUAUGAGUUAUCGUUGAUCGCUACUGUAUUGAUAGAGGCAUUACCGGCUGCGUUUACUGGCAGUUAUGUCGUUAUAUUCAUGGGAAUGUACAGUUUUAUGGCUGAUAGGACUACAGUGGAAAGCAGGACGUUUCGUUUGGGCCUAGUUACAAUAUGUGUUACUUUAGGUACUCCCACGGGAACAGUACUCAGUGGAAUACUGUUACAGUCUUUAGGAUAUUAUGGUGUAUUUUCUACGUUAAUAUGUUUACAUGCUAGUGCGUUUUUAUAUGGUGUUUUAAGACUUGAAGACGUGUUGCCUUCUGAGGUACAUAGGCCUGUGCGCGUGAGUGGGCAAAGUAACUUUAAACAAUUGUGGCAUGAUGUAUUUGGUCUGGUUACUACUACCGUGUUGGUGGCAGUAAGACCGCGUGCAUAUGGGAUGAGGAAGCAGAUAUUAUCAGUGGUCAUCCUAUACGUCAUUAUGGUUGGUCCGUUAUACGGUGACUCGCAAGUGAGCUAUUUGUACGCGAUAAGAAAAUUUAACUUCAAUUCAGUGGAAUACAGUGUGUAUGGAACGAUCAAUAUCGUGCUUGGAUUAUUUGGAACAUUCUUCUGCAUAACAAUCCUAUGCAGAACAUUCCACGUUCAAGAUAGCAUGAUUGGUUGUCUGGCUGCUGUGAGCAGGAUAGCAGGAUGCCUGGCUUUCGCCCUCUCUCCCACCAGGACGUGGUUCUAUACGGCGCCACUUUUCAACAUCUUCAGUCAUACUGGCCUGACUGCUGUAAGGUCUAUCGCCACUAAAAGCGUAGCUGUGGAAGAAGUUGCUAAACUCAGCUCAGUGAUAGGCGUAAUGGAGGCUCUAGCGCCUUCGAUAUACAUGCCGACUUCCAGUUUUAUUUACGUGCAAACGAUAGACACGUUUCCUGGUGCAUUUUAUUUGUUUGACGCCGCCCUAACAGUUGUAGCCCUGGCGUUAUUUAUAUAUAUCUACGCGUUGGUGAAGCGAAGAGAUGUCGUCACAAUAUCGAGUAGGAAAGAAGAAUAUGCUAGAACAAAUGAAGUAUCUAGAUUUUAAUGUAAUAGUCUUGUACUGUCCCUCGGGUAGCUAGAAAAGCCCUUUCAAGAUAGCAUUGGUCCAAAAGGUAGGGACAGGCCCUCUAUUUUUGAAGCCAAUGCGAUCUUUGUAAUAGAAUUAGUCCAGACUGUGUGAUGGAUGCAAUAAAUUAUUAUAAGUAUUAGGUUCCGAAAACCAGGGUACGAUACGUUGUAAGUCG